AUGUCAUCAAAUUCGUUUAAGAUAGCUUGUAUACAACUUGCUGUUGGUUUUAAUAAAAGGACCAACCUCGAUCGUGCAAAGGGUAAAAUAUUGGAAGCGGCUCGGGAAGGGGCCAACGUUGUAGUCCUGCCCGAAUGUUUUAACUCUCCGUACGGAACACAAUACUUUGCUGAGCAUGCAGAGAGUAUUCCCGAAGGAGAAAGUGUCACUGUACUAUCCGAAGCGGCAAAAGAAGCCAAAGUUCUUCUUGUAGGGGGAGAAUUGAUUGCCAAGCAUCGAAAGAUACAUCUAUUUGAUAUCGAUAUUCCCGGUAAAAUCAGGUUCCAAGAGAGCGACAUAUUGAGUCCAGGAAACUCUUUGACGACUUUUGAUACCGGUUAUGGUAAAAUGAGUAUAGGUAUUUGCUACGAUAUGAGAUUUCCAGAACUCGCAAUGAUUGCUGCGCGUAAAGGUUGUGUUAUGAUGAUUUAUCCUGGGGCAUUCAAUAUGACAACUGGGCCUUUGCAUUGGGAAUUACUGCAACGAGCCAGGGCAGUCGAUAAUCAGUUGUUCGUAGCAACUUGUUCUCCUGCACGUGAUAUGGAUGCGACAUACAAUGCAUGGGGUCAUUCAACUGUCGUAGAUCCAAGUGGACAAAUCAUUGCUACAACGGAACAUGAGGAGGCAAUAGUAUAUGCAGAUAUUGACCUACAACAAUUGCAAACUGUUCGCCAAUCUAUACCAGUGUCCAUGCAGCGCCGAUUUGAUAUGUACGUUGACGUAGCCGCAAACGCGAAGUAA